UUGCCUGAGAACCGACGUAAACGUGUAAUCAUGGCUCAGGCAAUGGCUGAUGAAACGAAGAAAUUGUUUAUGAGUAUUGGAUUAAGCGAAAACAAGGCACUAGAAACAUUAAAAAAUGAAACUUUAUCAGAACAACUUAAAGCGGCAAUUGAAGAGGCUCAGAAGCACUGCAGUGAUGGCAUCGACAAAGCGACAGGAAACCUACUCUAUCACGUUGCAACAAAACUGAAGAAGCAGGUCAAGCACAGACUGGCAUUUCUCACUGAGUACGUGGCUAGUGGCAAUAUAGCUACUGAGCUUCAACUGACAGCUGCGCUGGAGUACUUGCUGCAUCAUGCUGUAGGCCAGGUUAACGUUGCUGUAUUCGAGGAGCACUGUGGAGUUGGAGUCUCAGUCACACCAGAGGAUAUAGAGAAUGCAGUGGAAGAGUUGAUACAGAACACAAACACAGUUGUUGGAAAAACGAUACCGUCAACAUGGGACUUUGAUGGGAGAAGCUCGUAG